AUUAUGUAUAGAACACAGAUUUGGAAAUGAAAUGGAGGCACAGACAAAGUUGAUAUUUCUAGAAAUUUUUCUGUGAAAUAUAUAUUUUUUUCUCAGAGAAAGAAAAGACGUGGGUAGGAACUGUUUAUAUAGUUAUGUUUCCAGUCGGACAUAGAUUAUGUGACACCGUGUCUGCACGCUUAGACACAACAAAAUCGGCUAAACUUCUUUCUGGAUCAGACUCCAAACAUCGCAAGGACAGACAUAGAGAAUGCAGGCGGAGUUCCGACCUCCCAAGAGGAGAACCCGGGUUUAUGAGGACUACGAGGCUCCGCUGCCGCUGAUCCGGAACCUGCAGGAGAGGAAGCAUUACCGGGGAGAACUGAUCCACCGGCAGGUCCUGGUCUGCCAUUCAGAUGACAUCCAGAACAUCCACAACCAGGGUUAUUUCGGUAAAGGACUUCUAUCCAGAGCCCGGCCAAACCACAGCAUCUCUGACCAAUGGGAGCAGCACAAAGGAUUACUUCUACCUGUCAUCUCUCAGUCUAGGUAUGAAGAGCUGCUCAGGUGGGCAGAGGCCGAUCUUUCCUCUCAGGGAUUGGAUGAAGAGGCUGUCAGUCAAGCGCUGCUUGCUCUGACUGAGGCCGUGGAGUUGGAGGAUGAAAGGAAGGAGGAGGAGGGUGGAGGGGAGGUAAAGGAGGCCAAUGGAGUGAAAGAAGAGGAACCAGGGGGAGGAGCCUGUACUCAAAUAAGGGGGUUAAGGGCGGAGCCAGAAGUAGAGCCAGAGACUAAGAAAAACUGCAGGUCCGUCCAACUAGACUCAGAACUGGACUCCGGUUCCAGCUCUGACUCCGACCCGGAUCCAACCUCUGACUCUGAUGCUGGUCCUGGUCUUCAUAUUCCAGGACCAGGCUAUGUCCUGGUGGAAUCAGAGACUCAGGAAGGGGGUGGAGUCAGGGAGGUGAGGCGGAGUCCUCUGGCUCUUACAGAGUACCUGCAGCUCAGCCUGGAGGAGGCCUUCUUCCUGGUCUACGGCCUGGGCGUCCUGUCUGUCUACCUGCAGCAGGAGCCCCUGUCGGUGGUUGACCUGUGGAGGAAGUUGCGAUCACUGAAUCCAGACUUUAUCAGCUCAUAUGCUGCAUACCAUCACUUUCGAAGCAGGGGGUGGGUCCCUAAAGGAGGAGGCGGGGCCAAGUACGGUGUUGAUCUAAUGCUCUACAGGAAGGGACCGCCGUUCUACCAUGCCAGUUACUCUGUGGUUGUAGAGAGGACUGAUGAAACUUUUGCGGGCAUGGCACUGCGUCCGUUUUCCUGGCGUUCUCUGGCAGCUCUCAGCAGGAUCACAGCCAAUGUCUCCAAGGAGCUGAUGCUGUGUUACAUCAUCUACCCAGCUGACCUGUCAGCGGAUGACUUGGACUCACCUGAGUGCCUGAGCAGAUUGAAAGUUCAGGAAGUGAUCGUCAGCAGGUGGGUUUCCUCCAAGGAGCGAGCAGAGCAGGACGACAUCUGAUUGGCUGAUGGCAGGGGCAGCCCAGUGAUGAUUCCAGAUGGAGAUAAGAGGAAGCCACUCAGAAAGAAGAUCAUUAAAUUAUUGGGUGAAGGUCUGUUUCUGGGGACAGAACAAGAGUUUGCAGAGGAGCUGCUUAAUGAUGACAAUCCAGCAGAUGUUCACAUCGGAGCACCCAUCCUGAUUUUCAUGUUGGGGUGUUUGACUCGACAUUUAAGGAAGGAACCGUGUUCUGAAAUCCUGCUGUUGGUCACCCGUGGACCCUGAUCCGGAGCAAACGCUGCAGGUGCUUCUAUCUAAUCAAUAGAAACUGAGAACUCAAACCAGCACUGUGAAAUUAUACAGCCUGUUAUAACAGAACAUGUGUUCAGGAAUCCACCAGAGAGGAAUUCAGAUUAGUUUAUUUAUCCCCAAAA